AACUCGCACGUCGUGGGGGUGGCUUCCCGGGGUGGCAGCGGUGAGUGUCUGCAGGUACUGGAAGGUCUCUCUAAGGUCUCCCUGGAGCCUUCUCCUCUCCAAGCAGGGCACAAAGGACACUAAGGACCUUUUUCUGCUGCCUUGGGGCCAUCCUGAGCAGCCAACUGCUGCCCCUGGCAUCCCCUUCGGAGCUGGCAUCGCUGCUGCUGCCCUUUCACCAGCAGAGGACCCCUCCUCAACACACACAGGCAGGGGGAUGCUGGCCUGGAUCCACCGCGUGGUUCCUCAGCCCCCACUGCCCUGUGCCACGGAGCCAGAGGCACCCCCAGGCCAAGCUGCUGGCCCUGAGGAUGCUGCUGAGCACACACAGCCCAGAGGAAUGGAGAAGAAGGUGGAAUUUGCAGUCCCCGAGGAGCGAGGCUCUGCCUUGCAGAGCGCUGGGAGCGGUGUCCUCUCCUGGCUCUCCCAGGGGCUGGGGAAAGUCGUUCCUCAGCCAGCCCAAACCUCCGAGGCUCUGCAGACGCUGGGGAAGAGCUUUGAGACCAGCAUCGAUAUCCCCGACCAGACAGAGGUCCAGAUGCUGAAGGAGGAGGAUGAGGAUGCUCUGGAGAUCAGCCCCUUUGAUGGGGAGGAGGAGGAGGAGGAGGAAGAAGAGGAAUUGGAUGAUGAGUCUGGGGCUGGAGCAGAUCGCGGCACAGCGGAGUGGGUGGGGGCACGAGUGGUCAGCUGGCUGGCACACGGCUUCGAGAGGGUGGUGCCACAGCCAGGGGCACCCAAAACCGCAGAGCCUGAAGCCAAGGAGCAGAGGUGUGCAGCCAGGGCAGGAGGCACCAAAGCUCAGACCAAGCCCCAGAGCAGCCUCCCAACCACCCAGGACUCCCUGGCAGCAGCUGAGAAGCAGCCAGAAGCUGUGCCCAGCCUCCCCCCUGCCACCCUGGCUGGGGAUGGCAGCAGCAGGAUGUUGGCCUGGUUUGCCCAGGGCUUGGAGAAGAUGAUGCCCCAGCCUGUGAGCAGGGAGAAGCUGGGCACGCAGGGAGAAGCUGCAGCAACUUUGAGUCCCGUGGAAGAAAUUCAUCCUGUCCCUGGGGAGCCCCAGGAGGCUGCCCCUACCCUGCAUGAGGCUGCUGCUGGCUGUGUUCAUGAAGCCACCUCUGAGCUGCUGGCAGAUGCUCACCUCCUGCCCCCCAUCCAGGAGGAACCCCAGGAAGAAGAAUGCAGUGGCACCCCCCUACUGGUGCCCACCACCCAUGCUUCCAACAGGCUGGCAGUGCCCAGUGUGGCACCAGCGUCCCCCAGCCUGCCUGAGCGCCUGGGCUCGGCCACCAGCACCAGCAGUGCCCUCAUCAGCAGCCGCCUCCAGGAGCUAGUGAGGCUCUUCAAGGAGAGGACUGAGAAGGUGAAGGAGAAGCUGACUGACCCCGAGGUCACCUCAGAUGAUGAGAGCCCUGGGCCAUCCCCAGGCACAGCAGCUCCAGCAGCAGCAGCAGCAGCAGCAGCAGCUCCAGCAGCGCCGCCUGCCCCGGGAGGGGCUCUGGAGGGGUCCAAGGCAGCAGGAGGGGAGCACUGCUGCCAGAUGCUCUGCUGCACCUUCCAGCAGCCUCCCUGGUUGGAUCGCCUGAGGAGCUGCAGCUUCCCCAGCAGCAUCGACCCUCUCACCAACCUGCUGUAUGUGCUGUGGCUCUUCCUGGUGGUGCUGGCCUGGAACUGGAACUGCUGGCUGAUCCCAGUCCGUUGGGCUUUCCCUUACCAGACACCAGCAAACCUUCCCUUCUGGUUGCUGAUGGACUACCUCUGUGACCUUGUCUACCUGCUGGACAUCCUCAUCUUCCAGACUCGACUGCAGUUUGUCCAAGGAGGAGAUAUCAUAACUGACCAGAAGGCCAUGAAGGAGAACUACCUGAGGUCACAACGCUUCAAGAUGGAUUUGCUCUCCCUCCUGCCCUUGGAUUUCUUCUACUUCCAAGUCGGUGUCAACCCACUCCUGCGCUUCCCUCGCUGCCUGAAGUACAUGGCCUUCUUCGAGUUCAACAGCCGCCUGGAGGCUCUCCUGAGCAAAGCCUACGUCUACAGGGUGAUCCGGACCACUGCCUAUCUCCUCUACAGCCUGCACCUCAACUCCUGCCUCUACUACUGGGCAUCAGCCUAUGAAGGGCUGGGCUCUACCACCUGGGUCUAUGAUGGAGAAGGAAACAGCUACAUCCGCUGCUACUACUGGGCAGUCAAAACCCUGAUCACCAUCGGGGGGCUGCCAGACCCCAAGACCCUCUUUGAGAUCAUCUUCCAGCUGCUCAACUACUUCACAGGGGUCUUUGCCUUCUCUGUCAUGAUAGGGCAGAUGCGGGACGUGGUGGGCGCCGCCACCGCGGGGCAGACCUACUACAGGAGCUGCAUGGACAGCACCAUCAAGUACAUGAACUUCUACAGCAUCCCCAGAGCUGUCCAGACCAGGGUGAGAACCUGGUACGAGUACACCUGGCACUCUCAAGGCAUGCUAGAUGAAUCCGAGCUGCUGGUGCAGCUGCCAGACAAGAUGAGGCUGGACCUUGCCAUCGACGUGAACUACAGCAUCGUGAGCAAAGUGGCCCUCUUCCAGGGCUGCGACAGGCAGAUGAUCUUUGACAUGCUGAAGAGGCUCAGGUCGGUGGUCUACCUGCCCAACGACUACGUGUGCAAGAAGGGGGAAAUUGGCCGUGAGAUGUACAUCAUCCAGGCAGGCCAAGUGCAGGUCCUGGGGGGCCCUGAUGGCACAACUGUGCUGGUGACCCUGAAAGCUGGAGCUGUGUUUGGAGAAAUAAGCUUGCUGGCAGCAGGAGGGGGCAAUCGGCGCACAGCCAACGUGGUGGCUCACGGCUUUGCCAACCUCUUCAUCCUGGACAAGAAGGACCUGAAUGAGAUCCUGGUGCACUAUCCAGAGUCUCAGAAGCUGCUGAGGAAGAAGGCCAAGAAAAUGCUGAAGUCCAACACCAAAGCCAAAGAGGAGAAAGCAGCCCCUGAAGACUCACUGAUCAUCCCCCCUAAAGCUGAGACCCCAAAGCUCUUCCAGGCUGCCCUGGCUGCCACGGGGAAGCUGAGGGGUAAAGGGCCACUGGCACAGCUGCGUUGGAGGCUGAAGGAGCUGAAGGGCAUGCAGGUGGCACAGGGUCCCACCUUCAGCCCAACACCACCCAAAUCCCCUGUGCACCAGAGAUCACCUCUCACAUCCCACCAAGCUCCUGCUCACCUGGAAGGAGGAAUCAGCUCCAAAUCUGCUGACAACUUCGUCACCAUUCAGGUGGUUUCUACUGCUCGAGAGGAUGAAGAAAUCCUUGCAGCUGAGAUUUGCCAGAAAGAAGGAGAAGAAGAAGAAGAGGGGAAAAAAGAGAAGUGAAAAAGAAAGAACAAAGCACCAAACCCGAAGCAGGUCCUAGAGUAGGAGUAGGACUCAAGCAACCACAUGGGGGGGAUAGAAGCUUUUUGCUCUUAAGCAUAGAAUCAACCUGGUUGGAAGAGAGCUCCAAGCUCAGCCAGGCCAACCUAGCACCCAGCCCUGCCCAACCAACCACACCAUGGCACUCAGUGCCAACCUAGCACCCAGCCCUGCCCAAACAACCACACCAUGGCACUCAGUGCCAACCUAGCACCCA